CAACAACCAUCUCGAGCCAUCCCGCCCAUCGCGUUCCACCUCCGCGCCGCACAUACAUGCCGGCCAAGCGCGUGCGCUCUGAGAGCCCCGCUGCCGCCCGCUGCAAGCGCCCUCGCCGCAGCGCCCAUCGCGAGGGCGAGAGCGACCGCACCCCCAACGCCGCCGAAUGCCCCACAGCGCCCUGCCCACCGCCGCAGCCGCUCCCUGAAGCUGCGCCCGAGACGCUGCUCACCACCGGCGGCAGCGCCAGCGACACCGAAAGCGGCCGCAGCCGCAGCCGCAGCCCCGCCGCCCGCGAGUCCCCGCCGGGCUCCCCCGCACCGCCGCAGCCGCUCACCGAAGCCAACCUCGAGGCGCUGAACCGCUCAUCGCUCCCGGAAGCCAGCUGCUUGUCUGAAAGCGCCCCUUCCAUGUCGGCAUCCGCAGCCUCGACGUCCGCCGACGACAUUGCCGCGCGUCUGAAACUGCAGGCCUACCGCAUCCACGUCGACACGACCGUGAGCAUGCCGGUCGAGCUGCAGGCGCACAUCACCACGCACAUCACAAAGGCGCGCAGGCCCGAGGAAAAAGUGUCGCCGUAUGCACAGCGCGUCGUAGACAAGCGAGCAGACGCGGCAAAGGUGCGCGAGGACUCAGCCAUCCGCUCGCUGGAGCCGGCGCUGAUGGCAGGGCUGCACGGCGACGACGAGCACAGCUUCCCCGGCGUGGCGGCCGACUUCAAGUGCAAGAUUUCCCGCGCCUUGCUCCCGUGCGGCAGCGACGAGGUGCGCAGUGCAUACGGCCCUCUCGCCUAGCCCGAGGCCGACUGCUCGUAUGGCUACACGACCCGCUAUCGCGCCCCUGAGCCCGCCGGCGCCGUCUUCACAUCGCAGCAGGAGACCAAGCUGCACGCCGCCGGUCUGGAGAUCUCCUCGCUGCAGCACUUUCCGUUCCUGACCGCGCAGUGGAAGCGCCCACCCGGCACCGAGGGCAUCUUCGCC